CUCAGGGCGGACAUUGGGACUGUGCUAACAAUCGCUUCACUGGCAUGUUUUGAUUCCUGAAAGUUAUUGUCAGUGGACUAGCUGUAAAAUGUCCGCUGUAACGCCGCCUGUAAAUGACCAAUAUGUUUUUCGUCGACGUGAAUUUGAAGAGCUGCCGUCAGAAAACCUGAGAAGAUGGCAUACUCCUCAACCUGGCCACGGUGCAAGGCAGACCGCACUACACCACCAACGACAUUGGACUGUGAGGAGAGUCUGGUGGGUCCAGGAACACCUUACAAACAUGAGCAUCAUCAGGUUGAUGGCAGCCGGACCCAACCUCGACCUCCCAGCGAUCCCAGCACCAGAUGGCCCCACGUGGACGACCCCACCACCAGAGAGCCUCAGCUGGACGAUUGUGAGCGGAUGGGGAUUCUGUUUGGGAUGCUCAACAAGUGUCUGCGGGGGAUGGGCUUCAGCCAGAUGUACUUUGGGGACAAGAUAGUGGAACCAGUAAUGAUUGUCUUCUUCUGGCUGCUGCUCUGGUUCCUGGGUAUCCAGGCCCUGGGACUGGUGGGAACUCUGUGCAUUGUCAUCAUCUACAUCCAGAAGUAAUGAGAGCUGAUAAUCAGAGUGGAGCCUGCUGUUUUUCUUUGGUUAAUGCUUACACAUGCUAAUGGAUGUUUGGAUUGGAGCUUCUCCUGCCUCAGUGACAGGAGUGGUGCAGUCCUGCUGCCUCUGCUGUUGUUAUUAUGACAUAAUGGUAUUGAUCAGCUGAUUUAAAGGAACAAGAAGACAUUGUGGAAAAUGGUUUGGCUACAGAGUGAAGGCCAGGAGUCCCAGCACUCAGGAAACAGAACUGCACACAUCUCUGUGUGGACUGUUUCACUAAAAAGAUGAGAUCUUUGCUAACACAGUAUGUUAGUGUGGUGUGCGAGCGCAGCAGUAAUGUGACUCUAAUAUUCAGUUAUAAGAAACAGUGUCUGAAUGUAAAGCUGACAUACAGUACAUGUUGUGUUCUUGUGAAACCCUUUUGCUGUAUGUUUACUUUGUAAUAGACACUAGGGUUGCACAAUAUAUUGAUAGCUGAUAAAUGAGAUAAUGUAAUUAUUGUUGUUGUUCCAGUAAUGGAAUUGCAGCUGGUAAUUACGUCCAGUAAUGCAGAGACUUAUUACAAUAGCUGUGGAGAGGGAUGCCACCCGCCAAACCUGGUUCUGAAUGAGUUCAGUUCUAAAUAAGUAGCCUAAGCGAUCUUGCCUCUCAAAAUUUCUCUCCUCUGCUCUCUGUGUCUUAGUGCCUGUGCUUGCCCGAUUAACCUCCUCCCUCUAUUAUCAGUUAUUGUUAUCAGCCCUGAAAUUGCACAUUGAUGCAUCUGUAAUAGAUACAAGUGGAAGCCCUCUUCAUUUCAAUCCAACUGACUGAAUGAAACCUUUAUUGCCCCCUAGGGGAAUUUGCUUUGGACAAAGAGCAUAAAAGAAUAUCAAAAAAACAUCAACAACCAUACAUGACAGCACAUAAUAUAACAUGCAUUGUAAAAACAUAAUUGAAGGAGUGAAGUAUGUUAUUAAUGAUUUCUCACAUUCAUGGAAAUAUAAGAAAUCGAUAAAUUGGGAUAAAACACCCAGUUUGUACUGGAAACUAAAUGUGUUCGACAGAUACAGUAGUGUUCUUGUGCCAGUUAUUGUGGAGCCACAAAACUAAACUUUUAUACUGGAUGCAAAUCGUCUUUACCUGUCAGACUGUUUAAUUUUGUGCAAUUGACACAAAAAGCCUCUUGUUAAUCAUCAUAUCUGAUUGUCAUCAAACUCAAAAUCCUCUAAGGUUUAUAUAUCUUCUGAACGCCUUCUCAGGCUCAGGUGUUGUUAGUCUUUAAAUAAGGAAUAUGUCCACAAUCACAAACACAUUGUAAAUCCAAAGCUGAAUGUUUACACUGCCAACUGAAGUAGAUGAAGCCAACCCUGUCUCCUAUGAGUCACCCACAUAUGCAAACUGGCAACGUUUUGUUUCAAUGCAGGAAAUAGCGUGACAUAAAGGGGGGGGGUCUUCAAAAGUUUGGACAGGGUUGUCUUUCUCAGGCUUUAAGUCAGCGUUGGCCACGACUUGGUUAAACAUUAUAACCGACUUAUAACCAAGUGUACAAGUUCCCUAAACAUAAUCAUUAAAAGCUGUUGUACUCACCCAGAGUAGCUACUGUACAGGAAACAAAUGACAAAUGCUGAUGCAGAUUUGGUCAGAAUAAACAUAUAUGUUCACCAUUUAGAUAUAUUAAAAAAAACGUUUGCACAUGGGCUGAUAAGGCCGGCUAAAGGAACAUGAAUCAAACAAACAAAAACAGAUUCUCAUCUCACAACUGAAUAUCUUAACAGUAUGGGAGUAUCUAAAGUAUCAACAUUUUUGUUUGAUCUGACCUUUUAAUUGUUCUGGUAGUUUCCAAGUCCGGUAGUUUUUAUAAUUGAUCGUCAUAUUUUUACUCUUCUGUUAUUACUGUACAUUUUGCUGACAGAUUGUUCAAAUGUGCAGGUGUCCAGGUUAACUGACCACACACUGUUGUAGAAGAACAGAACUGUAGUCAUCACACUGAUUUUAAAGUUUACUACUGAAUAUAAAAGUUAAAGUAAAAGGGGAAACAUCAUCACUGAUGAUGUCCAGUAUGUUCUCCACUGACUUACUGUAGCCAUGCUGCAUUUGUCCUUAUAUCAAUGAUUGUUUAUAAGGCCUUUGCACUGAGAGUUUUAUGCAAAAGAAAUACUGAAUCAAAACGUAUUGCAAUGUCUGAUUAAAACUGAGUGUUCCUAAAAAAUGUUCUUUGGCUGUCACUGAGUUUUACAGCAAUGUCUGCAGAAAAUGUUGAUACGUGCUCCAAGAUGAGGUCAUUUGUCACAGUGGGUCUGUGCCGUUACUCACCUGUGACUAUAAAGUCGUAUCCCAUUUAACAAAAUUCACAAUAGCUUCACAUCAUUUCUAACCUUUUUCCAAACCAUUCGUUAGUGUUUUUCCCACCUUCCAGGUAGCCAUUGGUUUUCCCAUUCAUUUCCAUUGUAAAAGUGAAUUGGUAGACUCUAGAACUUGCUAGAUUUGUGUAAUCCAUCACAGUGAACAUCAGGGCCCCGUUUUUCAAAUGGGGUUGAACUAAUCCAGGUUAACAAAUCCAAACAUGAAUCAAGAGUUAAAACAAUGAUCAGCACUCGUAUUGGCUGAGUGCUGAUCAUGAUUGUAUUGAUGAUUUGGCUGGGUUUAUCGAUAACCUACAUGUUCUCAUUUAAAAUCAUUAUUUCAAAAUCUUAAUCAUCCCUUGUAUGUGAAAAUGAGUUCAUAUACAAUUCGGUUCGAGUGUUGCUCAUGACCUGGCGAACUGAAUAAGAUGCGUGUUGGCAGUUCUCGCUGUGCCAACAGCUCCAGAUACAUUUUAAAGCAGAAGUAUUAGCAGCAAAAUCUUCUGAGAUAAUUAUUAUGGGUCUCGUCCUGGGCGGUGAGUCCGAGCUGCACGACACUUUGCACAUAGAAUCUAUGGACCCUCCCGAUCAAAGGUUAUUAAAAGAAUUUUGAUACUCCAAAAUAUGCGCAAGUUAUAAAGGAACAACUUGCAGUAAGCCCCGGAAGUGAUGUCAUAUCUCCACAUAGGAUUGUGUAAUUAACACGAAACUUAGGCCAGUACUUUCCCGUGCCCCUCUGAGGCUCAGCGUAACGUUUGGUGUCAGUCGGCCACUAAGUGGCGCUUUUGUUGCAAAAUCAUGACAAAUGCGAAACCUACCUUUUUGAACAUUUUGUAUGAUGCAUCCGUUAAGUAAAGACACUAGAGCUGGAUGGACAUGUCUUUGUUUUUGGGCUCCUAAGACCGAAGGCGUGUCUCUUGCGGUGCUGUACUCCUAUGAUGGAAAUGUUUUCUCAAGAGUGUAACUUGUUAAGUCAUACACAUGAAAAAGCUCAUAAGCUCACAGAAAGAGCCCCCCCCCCCUCACGGCAGUACAGACUUUCCACCUUCAGUGAUGAAUGUUGCAGGCCCUAGUUAGCAGGUAAGAAACCCAUAGAAAUACAUUCAUGGUAGCUGUAGUUUGUGGAAAUUAUUUGCACAUUUACAAUUUUAUGUAAAUGUGACCAAUGACUGUCCGAUUUUGUGUUGGUGUGGUUACCAUGUGACUGUAACCUUGCUGUUGCGUGAUGUUUUCUAUGGAUUUCGAAACAAGUGCAUCGUCAUUAAAAUCACCCAUUAUUA